GUUCCACGAGGAAAGCCAGCCCAUUUGGGAGCAAGUAGUCUGCUUCCUCCACUACUUCCACCAGCAGUCCAAGAUCCUCGACAAAACGAUCAUCGUGCUGUCCGGAGUGCAUCCGCCUUCGAGCAUCUUGGAAGAGUGGGAGGACCAGAGUUGUUGCUUCCUUGUGGGGAAGCUGACCAACACCAAGAAUUUGAUGCACGCCGGGGUGGAGGCGGCCAGGAACGUCAUCAUCAUGGGUCGCAAGCGCCCAGAGGAAAGCGUCAAGCUCCGGACCACUGCCCUUGCGGAUGCCGAAUGCGUUACUCUUGCGGGCUACAUCGAGCAGGCACUCGCACAACAAAAUGCGAUUACUGGCUGGAGGGCGUCGCAAAGCGUGCUCUACGAGUUUGGCUACACCGACUCCGUGUUCCUCACUGGGCACUUGUUCGAAGUGGCCCAGCGACCUGCGGCCAUGAGGCUUGCCAAGAGACUCGGGAAGACCCUUGUUGUGGAAAACAGCGAG